UUCAGUGCUCUUCGUGACACGUCUUUUGUUUAUUGCCGAGUUCGAAGUUGAUCUAGAAGGGGCAGCUAUUGCAGUGUCAAAAAUUUUUAUUUUUAAGUACAUAAUCUAAAUAUAGAAAAUGCGUGAAUGCAUAUCCAUACACGGCGGGCAGGCUGGCGUGCAGAUUGGAAACGCGUGCUGGGAGUUGUACUGCUUGGAGCAUGGCAUCCAACCUGACGGUCAGAUGCCCUCAGACAAGACGGUGGGCGGAGGAGAUGAUUCGUUCAAUACAUUCUUCAGCGAGACAGGCGCCGGAAAGCACGUGCCAAGAGCGGUAUUCAUAGAUCUAGAGCCUACAGUGGUGGAUGAAGUCCGUACCGGCACGUACCGUCAGCUCUUUCACCCCGAGCAGCUCAUAACCGGUAAAGAAGACGCGGCCAACAACUACGCCAGAGGGCACUACACCAUCGGUAAGGAAAUUGUCGACCUGGUACUGGACAGGGUGCGCAAGUUGGCCGACCAAUGUACUGGACUACAAGGCUUCCUUAUAUUUCACUCUUUUGGCGGUGGCACCGGAUCGGGUUUCGCCUCUUUGCUCAUGGAGCGUCUCUCUGUAGAUUACGGGAAGAAGUCAAAACUUGAAUUUGCUAUAUACCCAGCACCCCAAAUUUCUACGGCAGUCGUGGAACCCUACAAUUCCAUAUUAACCACGCACACAACAUUGGAACAUUCCGACGCUGCUUUCAUGGUGGACAACGAAGCCAUCUAUGAUAUUUGUAGACGAAACUUGGAUAUAGAAAGGCCAACAUAUACAAACUUGAACAGACUGAUCGGCCAGAUUGUAUCUUCUAUCACUGCUUCUCUUAGAUUCGAUGGUGCUCUAAAUGUGGACUUGACUGAGUUUCAAACCAACUUGGUCCCCUAUCCGCGAAUACAUUUCCCUCUGGUGACCUAUGCUCCUGUGAUUUCUGCUGAAAAAGCAUACCAUGAACAAUUGUCUGUGGCGGAGAUUACAAACGCAUGCUUUGAGCCGGCCAACCAAAUGGUUAAAUGUGAUCCGAGACAUGGCAAGUACAUGGCCUGCUGUAUGUUGUACCGAGGCGAUGUUGUUCCGAAGGAUGUGAACGCAGCCAUUGGGACUAUUAAGACGAAACGUACGAUCCAAUUUGUGGACUGGUGUCCGACUGGGUUCAAAGUGGGGAUUAACUACCAGCCACCAACUGUUGUGCCUGGCGGUGACUUGGCGAAAGUGCAACGCGCUGUGUGUAUGCUGUCGAAUACCACAGCGAUUGCAGAAGCAUGGUCCCGCUUAAAUCACAAAUUUGAUUUGAUGUACGCGAAAAGAGCUUUCGUCCACUGGUACGUCGGUGAGGGUAUGGAGGAAGGUGAAUUCUCCGAGGCCCGUGAAGAUCUUGCAGCCCUCGAGAAGGAUUACGAGGAGGUCGGCAUGGACUCUGGAGAAGGCGAAGGGGAAGGUGGCGAAGAAUAUUAAUUUUUAUAUAACUUAUAUUUUUAGGACUAUUUCCAAUUUCAUUUAGACUUGAUAAUUGUUCGAUUUAAUGUAGUUCAAUAAAAUUUACAAGUGAUUUUUUCAA